GUUGUUUGGAUGAUGUACGUAGCUUGCUGCGAUGAUUGUCGGUGCUGGGUGUUUGGCGUCUCGUUGUUUUUUCUCGUAGUAAAAGCACCCUGUAGAGUUUUCUUCUCCAUGGUCGCUACGCUGAGUAGUACACUGUAGAUCAGUGGCACUUUGACACGAGAAGCUGGCUACGUGGUAUGGGCAAGGCUAAAGCUUAGCGUUGUUGUCGACUGCUAAAUUUCAGCCUUUGGGAAAGAACAACAGAAAUAAUCCAAGUAGUAGGAAUAAAUGGAUAAUUAAAGCUUCCAAAAAUGAGCCAUGAAUUGUUACUACUUUAUUGGAGUCCACAUCACUCUGGAAAAGGGGCCACUUGCUGCAUCAGGGGUGAGGAUAUUUUUUUGUUUACAUAAUAUCUGACUUUCUGUUCCAUGCACACCCACAGUACAAUGACCAGUUCUCAGGAACCCCUGAGUUGGUCUUCUUCUACAACUGUGAUCACCAAGACCCUAAGUGAAGACAAAGAUUUUAGUGGGAUGCAUGGAGAACACAUGCCUGCUGGUGUUCACUCUUCGCCUGAAAUUAUAGAAGAUGUACAAGACAAGGGUUUGUUCCAGAGCAAUGUAUCAGAGAACAUGAGCAGCCCGGUUGCCACAACAGUACUGACCAGCAUAAGUGAGGAUUCCAGGGACCAGUUUGAGAAUAGUGUGCUGCAGUUAACAGAACAGGAUGAAUUAGAAACCACUGUUAGCCAGGGCAACAGUGACAGCGUGAGGAGGGAGACCAACAAUGGAACAGAUGAUAUCAAGAUUCAGUUCAACAGAUCAGGCAGUGGAAAUGUUGGAUUUCUUGAAGGACUCUUUGGCUGUUUGAAGCCAGUAUGGAAUAUUAUAGGCAAAGCUUACUCCACUGACUACAAGCUGCAACAACAAGAUACAUGGGAGGUUCCCUUUGAGGAGAUUUCUGAACUGCAGUGGCUGGGCAGUGGAGCACAGGGAGCUGUUUUCCUGGGUAAAUUCCGAGCAGAGGAGGUGGCCAUCAAAAAAGUGCGAGAACAGAGUGAAACGGAUAUCAAGCAUUUAAGGAAGCUGAAGCAUCCUAACAUCAUUGCUUUCAAGGGAGUUUGCACUCAGGCACCAUGCUACUGUAUAAUAAUGGAGUACUGUGCACAUGGACAGCUGUAUGAAGUGUUGCGAGCAGGUCGGAAGAUCACACCUCAGCUGCUUGUAGAUUGGUCGACGGGAAUUGCUAGUGGAAUGAACUAUUUACAUCUUCAUAAGAUCAUCCACAGAGACCUCAAGUCACCUAAUGUAUUAGUCACUCACAAUGAUACGGUAAAAAUUUCGGAUUUUGGUACUUCCAAAGAACUUAGCGAUAAGAGUACAAAAAUGUCCUUUGCAGGAACUGUAGCAUGGAUGGCCCCAGAAGUGAUUCGCAAUGAACCCGUCUCUGAAAAAGUGGAUAUUUGGUCAUUUGGAGUGGUUUUGUGGGAACUUCUCACUGGAGAGAUUCCAUAUAAGGAUGUAGACUCUUCAGCCAUCAUCUGGGGUGUAGGUAGCAAUAGCCUACACCUUCCUGUGCCCUCCACUUGUCCAGAUGGCUUCAAGCUCCUAAUGAAGCAAACAUGGCAAAGCAAGCCCCGGAAUCGGCCCUCUUUCCGACAGACACUUAUGCACCUUGAUAUUGCAUCUGCUGAUGUGUUGGCCACCCCUCAGGAGACUUAUUUCAAGUCUCAGGCUGAAUGGAGAGAGGAAGUGAAGAAGCACUUUGAGAAAAUUAAAAGUGAAGGAACUUGUAUACAUCGUUUAGAUGAAGAACUUAUUCGUCGCCGAAGAGAAGAACUCAGGCAUGCACUGGACAUCCGUGAACAUUAUGAGAGAAAACUGGAGAGGGCCAAUAAUUUAUACAUGGAACUCAGUGCCAUCAUGUUACAGCUGGAGGUUCGGGAAAAGGAAUUAAUUAAGCGGGAACAAGCUGUGGAAAAGAAAUAUCCUGGGACUUACAAACGUCACCCAGUCCGACCCAUAAUCCAUGCCAAUACAAUGGAAAAAUUGAUGAAAAAGAAAGGCGUCUCCCACAAGCCUGGGGGUCAGAUUAAAAGGCCUGAUCUGCUAAGGUCUGAUGGCAUUUCCAACACUGAGGUAGGCCCUAGUGGCUCCCCCCUCUCAGGGAGCCCCAAGAUGUCUACAGUUAAUAGCAAAGGCCGUUACCGUUGCAAACCACGCCAUCGACGAGGAAACAGCAAAGGCAGCUACAGUGACUUUGCAGGGAUUUUGAAAAACCAGCCAGCCCAGGAUGACUCAGACCAGCCAUCUCACCAUCAUCAACACCAUCCUCCUCCUCAUGGGCAUCACCCUCGGCUAAACAUACAUGGACAAGACAUAGCCAACUGUGCGAACAACCUCCGGUAUUUUGGCCCUGCUGCAGCCCUGCGGAGCCCUCUCAGUAAUCAUGCGCAGCGGAGGAUGUCUGGCUCUAGCCCCGACCUUAUCUCUGCUGCCAUGGAAGCCGAUUCACGGAGAAAUCUGGAGGAGGAUGGAGGCAGCAAGGCUAAUAAUUGGGAAUGCUGUAAAGGAGACAUUUGCAGCCUCUGUCCAGAGUGCAGACUGGGGAAAAAUGGUUCAAACCAAGGGCAGUCACUUGAGCCAGGGCUGGAGCAGCUGGAGGCACCACCACAUGACCCACUGUAUGCAAAUGGACAGUUUCUUGGAAGGAGUGAGGGAAGUGAAUUAAGCACCCACAGGCCAGGGUCAUCUCUUGGCUCCUCACACCAAGCGAGCGCUCCAGGACUGCUGUGCAGAACACGGCCCAUCCCAAAGAGUGGUGAUGAUUCUUCAGAAGAAGAAGGAGAGGUAGACAGUGAAGUAGAAUUCCCUCGAAGACAGAGGCCACAUCGCUGCAUCAGUAGCUGCCAGUCCUAUUCAACUUUCAGCUCUGAAAACCUCUCUGUGUCUGAUGGAGAAGAAGGGAAUACCAGUGAUCAUUCCAACAGUCCAGAUGAGCGGGCCAGCAGGCGAGAACAUCAGCUGACUGAGAAGCUGGAUGAGAUGAUGUCACAAACUCCAGAAAUCCCCAUUGAGAUUUCAACUCAGUCUGAUGGGCUUUCAGACAAGGAGAGCGCUGUACGCAGAGUGAAAACACAGAUGUCACUGGGCAAGUUGUGUCCAGAGGAAUGUGGCUAUGAGAAUCCUGGGGAGUUUGGAGAUUCUGGUGGUGACUCUUCUGAUGGGGAGUGCUCUGAUGCAACUGUGAGGACCAGUAAAGCUGGUAGUUCUGCAACCUGGUAACGAUGACCUCUGUUCCUCAGUCGGUUUAUCAGCUGGCAUUUUGAUUCCCUCAAGAACCCUCUUCCCAUUUCUUCCCUGAGAAACUGCUUUCCACCCCAUCACCAAAACGAUCUGCAAUAACUUGAAUCUUUGGAGAAAUGUUCUGAUGAAUUGGUUUUUCUGUGAGCAUUUCAAUUAAGAAUGGCAGGGAUGUAUUUUAUUAAUAAUUGAGCUACUGUACCAUAUUUUUGGCAUUUUAAAACUUUUUACUCUAAAGAGUGAAUUGUAUCAUAAGACAAAAUUUGUUGCAAAAGAAAAAUUAAGAUGAUGGGCUUAUUAAAAAGAAUAAUCUUUUAAAGUCUUAGAUUGCAUGCAUGGAUAGGCUAGGAUGUGAUGCUGCUGUUUUGGCAUGGGACCAAACCACAUGGCCUGGAAGGAACAGGAAAUAAAGUGAACUCAAUGACAUGGUUGUAUCCAGUGGAGCAGUGGGUGGGGUAACCAGUGAACAAAGAGAUGUUAGCAUAUAAGCUGUUUAACUUUAAAGAAGUUAUUCACUUUCCUGGAAAUGGUAGGUAGCAAGGUGUAUCUAGUCACUGUGCACCUGACAUGUGAGAAUGGGGGGCUAAUUGUGUUUGUAAAUCAGCCUUUGGCAGUUGUGACAUCCUACUGCAAUAGUCUAGCUUUGGUUUCCCUCUAGCACUUUUCACCAUUCUGCUACUGUGGAUCAGACAGUGCAGCACGGAGUGGCUGGUUGGCCGACAGACAGAAAUGGUGCUGUUGUUUGGUUAUCUUCCUCUCUCCAACCUACCUUUUUGUUUGCUUCCUUCAAUCAAAAACAAAUCGAUCAAAUUAGUGUUGAACGAGAACUUUUCACACCAUGAGAAAAGCACAUUCUGCACAUCCUGAGGAAUACCGUGGAGGAAGAAAUUGGAGCUGUUCUUAUUACAGUUGACAAUUGCCAGUAUACAGUAAAGGAAGAUUGUACUUGGGUGAAGUUGGGGAAACAGCCUUGCUUCAACAACACUACUGGCCACCCCUACUUUUUUUUUUUAAGUGCUGUUCUCUUACUGGCAACUUGCAAAGUAAUAUUUGGAAUACAGAGAUGAGUGGAGGAUGCCCUUAAUUUUGGGUGUGAGAGAACUUAAACCAUAUUUCCAUAGUGAUGGGUUCUGGACUGGAAAGCACCCAAGGCUGUUUCCUUUCCUAGGAGAAUGGUAUUUCACCUUCCCUCUGUAUUACCUCAUUCAUUCUAAUCUUCUUUCUGGGGGUUACAGUAAUGAACCUUUUAACUGAAAUGUCCACAGGAGUAUACCCCCCCCCCCAAAAAAAAAAGAACAUCGAAUCUGGUUUUAUACGCAAAGUGCUGCUAAUGUUCUUACCUGUGUCCCCAUGGCAUGGCCAGUGAUGACUACAUUCAGGAAAGGAAGGAGCCUCAUGUGAAAUGUAAGCUUGUUACAUUUAAUAGGACCCAUCCUUAAGAUAGUGAUUGGGAGUCACACCUCCACACCCAAAAUGAAGGGCAAGGGCAGCUUGUUGGAUGUGCUGCUGUUUGUUUACAUAUGAUUUCAAUUUUUAAAAAAUGUAUAGCCUACUGGCAAAAUGAAGGGAAAUUCAGAGAACAGUAUUGUAUGUGUUAAAUUAUUCCAUAUAUUUUUUAAAAAUUGUAGCUGGACUACAUGGAUCUUAAGUUAUGUCAUUGUUAUUUAUUGUAAUUACUUUUGAUUACUGGCAGAGCUUAUUGUGGCACAAUUUAUUGCUUCAUGGCUCCUUAUUGCAGGAAGAGGGGGAGCCAAAUUGUUUCUUGCUGAUUGGAGCUAAUCUCUUACUGGCCACAGCAUACUAUAAGGCAGAGAGCAGGUGAGCACAAGUAGGCAUGUGCAUGGAGUAUAAAAUAGACAGGAUGCAGAUCUAACAUCUCGACAUGCUUUAGUUCCUUGCUGUUGCUCAGAACACUGCUGUGGCAGAGAACAACAUAAAUGAGUCAUGUUCUCCUGAAAUGACACACUCUUUGCUAAUGCCAGGAAUACAGCUAGUUUAAGCUUAGCAUGCUUAUAGAAGACACAGCAGAAUUCUGCUUACUGUAGAGAAGUUGUUCCUGGCCAGGGCUUUUUAUUGUAGAAAGCCCAGUAGGGACUUCUUUGCAUAGUAGGCCACACCCCUUGAUGCCAAGCCAGCCAGGACUGCAUUCCUGUGUGUUCCUGCUCAGAAAAAGCCCUGUUCCUUGCAAUUCAUACACUCAAGCUUCUGAAUAAUCCACUUAUUUUGGGAGUCCCGUUGAUGAUUAUUGUUUUCAUGCCAUAAUAAAUCUGUUCUACUGUUAAUAUGAGCUAGGCCAGUGGUUCUCAAAAUAAAGUGGGACUUGCUUGCAAAUAAUUUCCAGGCUACUUUUAUCCUCUCCAGCAUAAAAAGCAAGAAUCUCCCCUCCAGUAACACUGAACAAGUUCAUAUUUUACUUUUACUUUUUAAAGUUCAUAAAUAUAUAGCAUUAUUGAGAAACAGCCUGUAUUUUCUGGCCAUUAAACUUCCCAGAAUCCUUUCUGCCAUCUCAGCCUGUUUCAACCCUCUGUCCUAGCCUUGCAGCUAGGAUUACAGACCUCAAGGUGGGCCCAAAAUUCUCUUGGAAUUACAUCUGAUCAUCAGAUUAGAGAUCAGUUCCUUUGGAGGGAAUGGCAGUUUGGAGAGUUGAACUAGAGUCCUAGAGUGACAUCACAUCCUUGCUGAGCUCCCUCCCCAUAUUUUAUUCUCCUUGGGUACUGCCCCCCCCCCCGUCUUUAGUCAUAUGGCAAUCUGGAGCUGGCAGCACUACUUGUAACCCACCUGCAGGCAAGCUAGACAUUUAACACACAUGCAAUGUGAUUCUUCUUUUCAGAAGACUACUUGGCAUGAUCCAAGCUCUUACAACCUGAGUUAUACUCCAUUUUCACUUGCCUUUUUGGAAAAUUGUGCUGCUUUAUUGUUCAUAUUUGUUCUUGAAUAUUUUGUUGUAGGGGAUGAUCUCUGAAUACAAUUUUGAAUAUGUUCCUGUGCAAAUCUAGGAAUCUCUGAUUUACUAAUUGCCUUUGGUAAACAACCAUAGAUUACAUGACAGUAAACUGAAGUUCCCCUGUGGCAUGCUAAUUCCAGUUUAACAGUCCACAAUUAGCUGACUGAAUAUAAUUUUUAGGAAACUUUGGUUUUUUCAGUGUGACAAAGCAAAGGAUAGUGUAAAUAAUGACAAGGAGCUACAUGCUGUGUUUCCCAUAGCAAGCGAUUAGCUUCGUUAACUCAGUAGUGAUUUCCUCAAACUUCCUUCCCUACAAGGAGUUUCAUAGCAAAAUAUCGUAUCCUGUUUAUAAUGUGGGAUUAAAUAUAAAGAGCCAAAUGGCUGUCACAAAUAUUACUAUGAAACCCUCCACUGUAACUAAUAGCAAUCUUUAUAAAUACUAUGAAUUAUCACUUUUUCAAAGCACCAGCUACAAAAGAUCAAAAUUUGCACAAACAUCAGCUACAAGGUAUCAAAAGAAUCCAAGUCUAACAAUUUUUCAUAUAAGUAGUGAAAAAUACUCAAUAAAUAAUAAAUAGAGACACUUAAAGUCUUUUUCAAAUUUGAAAUUAAUCCAUGCUUCAGGGUCCAUUUUUCAUGUAAGCAGUAACAUUUAUCCCAACAACUGCUGAUAAUCCUGUCACUUUUAAAUGGGAAAUUAAUCCAUACUUCAGGCACUUGAGCCUUCCAAAUGGAAACUAAUCCCAAACCUUCAAAAACCUUAUUAAUGCUCCAAUGUGAUUCAAGGGCUUAUUGUUGCAAUAUUCAGGAAGGCAAAAUGUAUCUUAUCUGUCCCAGCCAAUGAACAGUUGACCUGAGGCAUUCAUUUUCCCCCGAUGGCUUUUUCCAGCUUGGGAUAGACCAAAGUGUAUAACCCUUACAUUCGCAUAAGAUAGAACAGCAGUCUUUACUUAGUCAAUUUAGUCUGCAGUUGUCAUGCUGUACAAUGUAAUAAUACUUUGAAGGAAUACUUGAGGGAUUAAGACAUGUCUUGGCUAGUGUCUCUUCUCCUCCCAAAUGUAUGUGCCCUGCAUUUUCUUUUGAAACUUGAAAAAAUGAGUUUUUUGAAAAUUAAAGUAAAAACUAAAAAAGAGAAAAAAUAGUGCUUAUCUUUUAAUAUCCCCAAAGAGCUCAGGAUAUUGAACUAACAAGGUUAGUGAACCUGUUGAUUGAAGAACAUGGUGCUGUAAACUAAGAGGUGUUUGCGAGUCUCACUGAUAAACUCAUACCCUAAAUUCAGCUUCAGAACUUUCCCAAAGGUUUGAUAUGUAAAUUGUGCCAUGGGGUACAAAUAGAGAAUUCUUCAAUAUUUUUAAAUAGGUUGAGCAGACCGGUAAAAAUAAAUUAAAAAACAAAACAAAAACUGAACUGAGAUUUUAAGCAGUGUUGAGGCUAAUCUUCAGUCAUUUAAUUUUCCCCAUAUGUUGUUAAUAUCUUUUGUCAUCAGCCUUGUACAAUGAUGCAUCCUUAAAUGCACAAAUGUAUUUUUGUAAAUCUAGAAGAGUUCUAAUCUUUAUGGCUGUAAAGGGAUGCAAGUAGGAGGCACAUCAAUGAAAUUUUAGUAUGCUGGAGGGGAAGAAACAACAGUAUUUUUCAGCAAAUUAAAUUGAGAACUUACCUUUAAAGUAUGUCUACUAUGGUGAUGCUGCUGAAAAUAACAUAUCUGUGGUGAAGCCCUUCCUACUUUAGUAUAUUAGAGCAUUCACCAUAUGCAGCAGCAUUUUCACAUUGUAAAUUCCCUGGCCCUCAAUCCAUGUCUUUGGGUAGGUGGAGCAAUUCAUGUGAGUUCUCCUUAGUGCUGAGGUAGUUUAUCCUAGGAUCACCAUUAGUACUAUUACAAAAAUGCUGUAGCUGUUCAGCCUCAGACAAUAAUACUAGUUUUAGAAGAUGGAAGGUGAUGAGUUUGGCUCUGAAAUUGUAUUGGUUUAGAAAAUGCAUAAAUUGUGGUUGUUCCGUCAUCUUGGCCUGUAGUACACAAGUGAUGUUUUUAAGGUUUUCUUUAGGUGUGAGGGCUAAACACUUUUAAAGGUGGAAACAGACUCUCAGGUAUUUGUGCAACUUUGGGCUUUUUAAAAAGCCUGCUUUGUCAUGAAGGACCAAUAAAAUGUACUGGUGAUAUUUAUUUUCUUAUUCUCUGCGAACAACACUCCAAAGCACUAGAUGUAAAAUUAUGGAAUUUGGUAAUGCUGAUACUGAGACACAAACAAUAUAUUGUCUAUCUCCCAUUCCUUAGGGAAAAAGGCCUAUAUUGACAGAAAAUGGUAGGCACCAUACUUCUACACAUUUGAGUUUGUGUUCAAGGAGCACAAGAAAGAUGUAGCACACACCAAUAAAAAAGGCACAGUUUUGUUGUAAGGUUUGGAAAGUUGAUCAGUUUUAAACAUUCUGAUAGGGUCUUGAGAAGAAUAGAUUACUUUGUUCUGAAGAGUUUAGAUUCAACUCUUAGGAAUCUUUGCUUUUUAAAUGAAAGCCAUAAACCAAAUAAUCUCAUUCAGAUUAUUAGACAGUAUUGCCUGUGUGCAGUUAUCAAUGGUGGACCUUGCUGUGUGUUGACUGUUUCUUGUAAGGGCAUUCCAGUAAUGUAGCUGGCUGAUUGUAGGCCUGCUGUUAGCUGCACAAUCUGAGCAUGCAGUGCAAACAAGUCUGGAGGCAAAUGGCUUCUUUCAGCUAUCUUCAAUGAUUCAUAUGAUGCCCUCUUAACUACUGGGACCAGCUAUGGCACAAUCAGUGUGGUGGCUAAUCAUUGUUGGGGAUUAAUGGUUUUAUAUGUCAAAUGAUCAUUUCAUCUCCUAUGAUGUCUUCUUUCCCUUUUCUCCCUACUCUGUGGCUUCCUGAGGUAAACUUGAUUUUUUUUGUACUGAACAGUGUAUAACAAUUGGGAACAAGACUGACUAUCCAAACAAACAGAUGCAUGGAAUAAAAGCCAGUGUACCUCA